AUGGCUUCUUCUAAAGUUAGUUUGUUAAAUUCUGAAAGACGCAAGAGGGUUUUUCUUGGAGCAUUACCUCCUGAUUUCUUACGAAUAACUACUACUCCAAAACAGCAACAAGAAGCAGCUGAUCAGCAGGCUGCCUGGGCAUUACAUCACCAACUCGUUGGCACUUCUUUAGUUCAAAAUACUGUCGGAAGGCUGAAUAUAACAGUUGCUCAGGCUAAACUAGUAAAAAACUAUGGAAUGACUAGAAUGGAUCCUUAUGUGCGAUUAAGGGUAGGACAUUGUGUAUAUGAAACACAAACUGACCCUAAGGGAGGCAAAACACCGCAUUGGAACAAAGUAGUGCAAUGCCCUUUACCACAAGGAGUUAAUUCAAUAUAUGUUGAAAUAUAUGACGAAUGUUCUUUUAUGAUGGAUGAGCUGAUUGCUUGGGCACAUAUACCUAUUGGUAAAAAUGUUUUAAAUGGUGAGACUACAGAAGAUUGGUAUCCCCUAAAUGGCAAACAAGGUGAAGGACGAGAAGGAAUGAUAAAUUUGGUUCUGAGUUACACGAAUGGUGGGCGUGCAGUUAACCAGUGUGUGCCUCUUAUGAUGAUUCCAUCUACUGCACAGAAUAUGUUUGGUAUGCCUCAAUAUUCUCAAGUUCCAGUUUAUACACAGCUACCACCUCAAUCUAUUGUUAAUGCUCAACAUUUUGUGCAGAUUGAAGAAAUGUUUCCUAAUAUUGAUAAAGAAGUGGUGAAAUCUGUUUAUGAAGCUAACAGAGGAAAUAAAGAUGCUACUAUAAAUUCACUUCUACAAAUGUCUGAUGCUUAG